GCCGUCAGAAGAACUGAUGUAAAUGCAAUUUUUUUUUCUUUUUUUUUCUACUUUCCCGAGAAAAUAAGUUAUCCCGGCGGUGAGAAUUUUCUCGGCAGAUUCUCGAGCAUAUUUCUCUCUUGGGAACUUGCUCCAAAUCUCCUUAAAAUAAAAAGACCAAAACAUCUUUUGCAGCAAUAAUGUGUUUUCGACUUCAUUUGUAGCAAUAAUUUUUAAAAAACCGUUUCUUGUCCUUAUUGUAGAUUCCAUCACCGGAGCCUGUUUGUAAUAAAAUUUAUAUCUCUAAACUUGGCAAAGAUCAAGCGAGUCCAAAUCAAUCAUCCCUAUUUCAACGCCUCCUUUUCUUUCUUGAUUUAUAAAUCGGAGACGGAAAGGCAAAUAAUAAAAGAGCUCCAUUUCUCGUAAUUGCCGGAGAAUUGUACUUUGAGAAGAAAAAGAAAAGGGUUGGUUGAACAAUGAAGGGAGCGACUCUCGUUGCUCUCGCCGCCACAAUCGGUAAUUUCUUGCAAGGAUGGGACAAUGCCACCAUUGCUGGAGCUAUGGUUUAUAUCAACAAAGACAUGAAUCUGCCAACCUCUGUUCAAGGUCUCGUGGUAGCCAUGUCACUGAUCGGUGCCACGGUCAUCACCACUUGCUCAGGACCGAUCUCUGAUUGGCUCGGGAGACGCCCGAUGCUGAUUUUAUCAUCGAUAAUGUAUUUCCUCAGCGGUUUGAUAAUGCUGUGGUCACCAAAUGUCUAUGUUCUGUGCUUAGCUAGGCUUCUUGAUGGGUUUGGUGCUGGACUCGCUGUCACGCUUGUCCCUGUUUACAUCUCUGAGACCGCUCCUCCUGAGAUCAGAGGACAGCUCAACACUCUUCCUCAGUUUCUUGGUUCCGGUGGAAUGUUUUUGUCUUACUGUAUGGUUUUCGCUAUGUCACUGAGCGAUGCGCCUAGCUGGAGAGGGAUGCUCGGUGUCCUCUCUAUCCCUUCUCUCGUUUAUUUGUUUUUCACGGUGUUUUAUUUGCCUGAGUCUCCUCGUUGGCUGGUUAGUAAAGGAAGAAUGGACGAGGCUAAGCGCGUUCUUCAACAGUUAUGUGGCAGAGAAGAUGUUACAGAUGAGAUGGCUUUGCUUGUUGAAGGUCUAGAAAUCGGAGGAGAGAAAACAUUAGAGGAUCUCUUCGUAGCUUUGGAGGAUCAUGAAGCAGAAGAUACGCUUGAAACCGUUGAUGAGGACGGACAAAUGCGGCUUUACGGUACACACGAGAACCAAUCUUACAUUGCUCGACCUGUCCCUGAACAACAGAGUUCACUAGCCCUACGCUCUCGCCACGGAAGCUUAGCAAACCAAAGUAGCAUGAUCCUCAAAGACCCGCUUGUGGAUCUCUUCGGCAGUCUCCACGGGGAAAUGCAUGAACCAGCAGCAAACACGAGGAGUGGAGUUUUCCCUCAUUUCGGAAGCAUGUUCAGCACUAAUGGUGAUGCCCCACCACAUGGUAAACCAGCUCAUUGGGAAAAAGACGUUGAGAGCAACUACAACAAAGACCAUGAUGACUACGCUACUGAUGAUGGUGCAGCAGAUGAUGACUCGGAUAACGAUCUUCACAGCCCGUUGAUGUCUCGCCAGACCACGAGCAUGGACAAGGACAUGAUCCCGAAUCCUACAAGAGGAAGCGCGCUUAGCAUGAGACGGCACAGCACGCUUAUGCAAGGCAACGGCGAGAGCAGCAUGGGGAUUGGUGGUGGUUGGCAUAUGGGAUAUAGAUAUGACAACGGUGAAUACAAAAGGUAUUACCUUAGAGAAGACGGUACAGAAUCUCGACGUGGCUCGAUCAUUUCUCUUCCUGGUGGUCCUGAUGGAGGAGGCAGCUACAUUCACGCUUCUGCCCUUGUGAGCAAAUCCGUUCUUGGUCCUAAAUCGAUCCAUGGAUCCGCCAUGAUUCCCUCGGAGAAAACCGCUCCGGCUGGACCACUCUGGUCUGCCCUUCUUGAACCUGGUGUCAAGCGUGCGUUGGUUGUUGGUGUAGGAAUACAGAUACUACAGCAGUUUUCGGGUAUCAAUGGAGUUCUCUACUACACUCCUCAGAUUCUUGAACGUGCUGGCGUAGACAUUCUUCUUUCAAGCUUCGGAUUAAGUACCAUCUCUGCGUCAUUCCUCAUCAGCGGUUUAACAAGUUUACUCAUGCUUCCAGCCAUUGUUGUUGCCAUGAGACUCAUGGAUGUCUCCGGAAGAAGAGCAUUACUUCUCUGGACAAUCCCAGUUCUUAUCAUCUCACUCAUCGUCCUCGUCUUUAGCGAGCUCGUCCACAUCAGCAAAGUCAUAAACGCAGCGCUCUCCACUGCCUGUGUUGUGCUCUACUUCUGUUUCUUCGUGAUGGGUUACGGUCCGAUUCCAAACAUCCUCUGUUCUGAAAUCUUCCCAACAAGAGUCCGUGGUCUCUGCAUUGCCAUUUGCGCUAUGGUUUUCUGGAUCGGAGACAUUAUUGUCACUUACUCACUUCCCGUGCUCCUCAGCUCCAUCGGACUCGUUGGUGUUUUCAGCAUUUACGCCGCCGUUUGCGUUAUCUCGUGGAUCUUUGUUUACUUGAAAGUCCCCGAGACGAAAGGCAUGCCUUUGGAGGUUAUCACAGACUACUUUGCCUUUGGAGCUCAAGCUUCUGCUCCUUCCAAGGAUACAUAAGUUGUAUAACCUUGACUCUUCUUCAUUUGCUCUGUGUACUUAAAGAUUCUCUUCAUCCCCUUUUUUUAUUCUUGUUUUUUGUUUCUGAGAUAACUUCAUUUCGUUUUUGUUUCUUUAUCUUUUUUUUUUUUUCCUUUGUUUGUUAUCAAAAUCAGUCUAAUAAUUACUCAUUUUCUAUCUUC